AGGUGUAACUUUGCUCUUGACCUGGACCCCAGUCUUGAAUAUUCUUGACCAUGGAAUUUCCACCCCUCCUCGGCGAUGGACAAGGUAGGUAUAGAGUUCACAUUGUCGGGAACAGCGGGUCAGGAAAGUCCACCCUGGGAGCGUCGCUCGCUGCCAUUCUCGGCAUACCCUACAUUUGCCUUGACAGGCUUUUCUGGGGCCCGGGCUGGGAGGAGACGCCCCAAGAUGAAUUUUACAACAAGCUCAUCACAGCUCUGGGCCAAGACGAAAAGGGAUGGGUCGUCGACGGAAAUUAUUCACAGUGCACUGCCAACUUGCACGAGCAAUGCACAGAUAUCAUAUGGCUCGACCCCCCUCUUCUCCUAUACUUUCCCCGCCUCUGUAUCCGGACCUUUCUUCGUAUCCUUAACGUUAGAGAACCCUGCAGUCCAGGGUGCAAUGAGACCAUCAGUCAUGCCUUCUUUUCUGAAGACAACAUCAUUUGGUGGUGCCUUAGCAGCCAUUGGCGUGUAAGGAGAAAGAACAAAGAAAAUGUACGCAACCCGGCCAUCGGCGGGAAAAUGAGAAGGAUCGGAGGUUGGGGUAAUGAGUUGAUGCUUUGGAAACGCGCUGUCGAGGAGAUGGUCCGCCGAACAUAGGAGAUCAUCAUAUGGGUUUUUUUUGUCAACAACGUGUGGCAUACGCCUUGAAUAUGAUAGGAGGUUCCAGAGUAUGGUAGGGGGGGCCAAUGGGCCAAUGUACAUAGUCAAGUAUACACAUCUUCUUUUCGAUAUGCGCGCUACACGUUAAGACCAGCAUUAUCCCCAUUAACUUCAAGCCGUCAUCCAUUCAUCAUUGCCAACUGGUCAUCCUGGUCGCGUGCACAGAGCAAUAGCGGCCGGGCCGGGCUAGGAGCUCAAGAGGAGAUAAACACUCACGAAUUAGAUGAAAAUUCACUGUUAAGGCAAUCCAAAAGAUGGAAUCAGAUAUGGAUGUAGAUGUCAAUGGAUGUGGGGCUGCGGAAACCUAAUGGUGAUAGUGUAGAAGGUAGGAAAAAAGGUUUCGUGUAAGGU